CCCCCCAACGCAAUAUAUCACCCCACCACACCGGUGUUGGUGUUGUUUGUUGUUAUCAGCUGUUCUCUGUUUGUUUAUUUAUAAUCUUCUUGUUGUUAUCGAAUCCGGCGCCGCGGCUCGCACACGUCAUUCGCGCCUGCGUGUGAGGAGACCCUGCCCGGCUCGGCCGGCACAUGUGCACAGCUGUCGCAGCUGUCACGGACACUACCUGAGCCCAACGGACGGGGCUACUGUCUCCUAACCAAACUGUCACUAUGGUCUACGUGACGUUUCUCCACCCUGACCUGGGCAUAGGCGGCGCGGAGCGGCUCGUGGUCGACGCUGCUCUGGCCCUCCAAAGCCGCGGGCACUCCGUCCACUUCGUGACUAACCACCACGACAAGAAUCACUGUUUUGAGGAGACGAAGAAUGGCACCUUCCCGGUCACAGUGGUCGGUGACUGGCUCCCCAGGAGCAUCUUUGGCUACGCCUACGCACUCUGCGCCUACAUUCGGAUGAUUUACGCUGCCUUGUAUGUAGUGCUCUCUAACAACAUUCCAUCAGACGUUUUAUUCUGUGAUCAGAUCUCGUAUGCUGUGCCAGUGCUGCACUUGAGGUACUCUAGAGUAUUGUUUUACUGUCACUUCCCUGACCAGCUGCUCAGUAAGCCUGGAGGAACACUGAAGAUGCUAUAUCGUGCUCCACUCAAUUGGCUAGAAGAAAAAACUACUGGGCAAGCAGACAAAAUAGUAGUCAACAGCAAGUUUACAAGAACCGUUUUCAAGUCUACAUUUACCAACAUCCAAAAAACACCGGACGUGUUGUAUCCCUCUAUAAAUACUGAUCUUAUUGACUGUUUGAAUCCAGAGCCCUUAUCGAGUGUGCUUCCUGUUGACAUUCCUGACGAUGCUUUUGUGUUUUUAUCAAUUAAUCGUUAUGAAAAGAAAAAAGAUCUAGGACUAGCCUUAGCAGCUUUAGGCCAAUUAAAAAAUUUACUUGCUCCAGCAGUUUUUAGUAAGGUUCGUGUCAUCAUGGCAGGUGGCUAUGACAGGCGAGUCACUGAAAACAUUGAUUGCUACGCUGACCUGGUUGUCCAAGCUGACCAGCUUCAAAUAUCGUCUCAGGUCAUCUUUCUGAAAUCACCUCCUGACACUCAGAAAAUUGCAUUGCUUGCAGGAUGCCACUGUGUGUUGUAUACUCCAACAAAUGAGCAUUUUGGUAUUGUCCCAUUAGAGGCAAUGUACACUUGCAAACCAGUAAUAGCCACAAACAGUGGUGGACCAACUGAAACCAUUGUUGAUAAAAAGACUGGGUACUUAAAAAAUCCUGACCCCAAAGCUUUUGCAGAAGCAAUGGCUGACUGUGUACAGAAUCGUGACAAUUGUGCUAAACUAGGACUGGAAGGGCGCAAUCGAUUCAGAGAUCAUUUCUCUUUCAAAGCAUUUACUAAUCAGCUUGAUACCUAUAUAAAUGAUCUAGUAAAUGAUAAGAAAUUGGACUGAACAAUACUACUCUGUAACAUUGCUGUAAUUUAAGGCAACUGUCUUGAAAAAUAAUAAUAAAAUAUUUUUAUUUUGUCCUUGUCAA